GCCAUGGCGACGUAAACCGAAGGCCCGGGCUCCGGGAGCCGAGCCCAGGUGCCGCAGAGGCUUCGGAGCGAGGGCGGGCGUGCGGAGCCCGUGAGUUGGAAUCUGCUUUAGCCAAUGGCAAGCUUCUCGGUGAGCGCUUCCUCCUUUGCCCGGAUGUCCAAGGUCCUGCCUCCUAUGGUCUCCAAGGGCAUAAGUUUCAACAAGAAGAGCCCGGAAUCCAUGGACAAUAGUUCUUCUUCAGUCAUUGAAGAAAAAAAGAAACAUGCGAAAAAAACCAAAGGUUCUGCGAUUGUUCCCGACCAGUCGGCUAAUCCUUUCCAUGUCUCUGGGGACGUGGAUUUCUUCUUGCUCAGAGACCAGGAGCGGAUUAAGUCUCUAUCACAUCGGGAGCAACAGAAGCAGCUGCGGGUGCACGAGAAGAUGACCUACUCGUCCCAAGUGGCGGCCAGGCACGCCAGCCUGCGGCGCGAGCUGCAGCGGGAGGGCGAGGUGGCGGACCGGGAGGCGCGCGCAGAGCAGCUACGCAUCUUCCACGAGCAAACGGCCUGGAAGCUCGCCAUGACCCGAGAAAGGAAGACGGAACCUGAUGACAUAAACAGCUACAUCGACCAGAAGCGGCAAAUGUUCCUCAUCCAGUACGCCCUGGAUAUGAAGCGGAACGAGAUCCAGCGGCUGGAGAGGCUGGCGGCCAAGGAGGAGGCCGAGCUGGAGCGGGCGGAGAAGUUUCUGGAGAAGGACGCUGCUCUAUUUGACGAGUUCCUCAGGGAAAACAACCGCAGCUCCGUGCAGGCCCUGAGAGUGGCUGAGAAGGAGGCCAAAGCAAAGAUGGAGAAGAUCCUCGAGAUCCGUGAUCUGACCACCCAGAUCAUGAACAUCAAGAGUGAAAUCUCCAAAUUUGAAGACACUCUGCAGCAUUACAAGGUCUACAAGGAUUUCCUGUACAAGCUGUCGCCCACGGAGUGGCUGGAGGAACAGGAGGGAAAGCGCUCGGCUCUCGCAAGGACCAAGGAGGCGGUCGAGGCCUUCAAGGAGAACGCGCUGCUCUCGGCACUCAGGGACAGAGGACCAGAGAUCAAGGGCCAGACGGGCCUCAGAGGUAUGUGGCUGCCCCAGGCUGGAGGGGCCCUGCUCCGGGCUGGGGCAGAUGGACAGCCCUCCUCUGCUUCCUCCAGAGGAGCAGGGCCCAAGGAAGCCCACCAGGCUCCUGCAGGUGACGCAGCUAAGGCAGGUCCCGUCUGGCACUGUCCACCACCAGCAGGGCACCCAGCCCAGUGCGCCUGGCAGGCUGGACCCCAGAAGGGCCCGUUCUACCCUCCCCGUGCAGGAGGACCCAGACGGCGACGGGGAGGUCAGUGCCUGCUCUGGGCGGGGGCCGCAGGAGCCGGGCCCGCACCGUCCAGCAACCCCACGUGGCUCUGGUUGCAGGAGCGGGAGCUGGAGCUGUACUUCACGGAGCCCCAGCAGCUCCUGGAUGUCUUCAUGAAGCUGGAAGAGCAGAACCUCUCGCUGGUCCAGAACACCCAGGAGAUGGAGGAGGCCUUGGAGGAGCUGAGCUUCACCCUGAAAAACACCCAGAUCCGCAUGGACCGGGAGGUCGGCCAGCUGAAGCAGUGGAUCACCACGCUAAUGAUGUCCAUCGCCAAGGAGGAGGAGAUAGCCGCGGAGCUGGAGCUCAAAGCCCGCAUCUUCCAUUUUGGCGAGUACAAGGGUGAUCAGGAGGACAAGCUGCUGGAGAGUCUGAACCGCAAGGUGCUGGACGUGUACCGGCACUGUGUCGGCAGCCAGCAGGAGUCCGGCCUGGGCACCGUGAAGAUGCUGGCCACCAUCGAGCGCCAGCUGGACGAGCUGCUCGAGAACCUGGAGCGGGUGCCCCAGGUGAGGCUCGAGCAGGCCGAGAAAGCCAAGGAGAAGGAGCGCCGUCUGAGACUCCGGGAGGAGAAGCUAAAGCUGCAGAAGGAACUGCAGGAGGAGCGUCUGCGGCGGGCACAGGCUCGGGCCCAGGCCGAGGUCAAGAGGAAGAGGGGCAGGAGGCUGGUGUGCCGCUCGCGGCCGCCCGCCCUGAAGAGCAAGGAGGAGUCCGGGCCCGAGCUGAUGGUCAAGGGCACGCUGGAGCAGCUGUUCUUCUUCACGUAGCGCUCGGCCGCCUGCCGGCUAAGGAGAAGCAGAGGUGGCAGGGCUGGCGCGACAGGCUGCGGCGGGGCUGGCGCCGUGACCCCGCUCCCACGCUGUCCCUCAGCCUCACGCGAAAUAAAAGCUGUGUCGCUCUGGUACCUCGAGGCCUGUUCCAGGAGGCAGACGCUACGGCAAAAUGUCA